AUGACUGAAGUGAAAGCGAAACUGCUCACCCAAGUGGCCGAACCGAUGACCUCGUCCGGCAACAAGGUCACCGUGGUCGGCAUCGGCCAGGUUGGCAUGGCCUGCGCCUUCAGUAUUCUAACCCAGAGCGUCUCCAGCGAGGUGGCGCUGAUUGAUGUCAAUGCCGACAAGCUGCAGGGAGAGAUGCUGGAUCUACAGCAUGGUUCCGCCUUCAUGAAGAACGCUCAGGUCGACGCCAGCACCGACUUCGCCGUCUCUGCUGGUUCCCGCUUGAUCGUCAUUACGGCCGGAGUGCGCCAGAAGGAGGGUGAAAGCCGACUGGAUCUGGUCCAGCGUAACACCGAUAUUCUGAAGGGCAUCAUCCCGAAACUUGUUGCACAGAGCCCUGACUGUACGCUGCUGGUCGUCUCGAAUCCGGUCGACAUUCUGACCUACGUCGCGUGGAAAUUGAGCGGUCUGCCCAAGAACCGCGUCAUCGGAUCCGGCACCAACCUGGACUCGUCCCGAUUCCGGUUCCUGAUGUCGCAGAAGCUCGGAGUGGCGCCAACGUCCUGCCACGGGUGGAUCAUCGGUGAGCACGGUGACAGCAGCGUGCCGGUGUGGUCCGGUGUGAAUGUGGCCGGUGUUCGCCUGGCCGAGAUCAACCCGGACAUCGGUACCGACGCUGACGCGGAAAAGUGGGGCGAUCUGCACCAUCAGGUCGUGAACAGUGCCUACGAGGUCAUUCGUCUAAAGGGCUACACUUCGUGGGCCAUCGGCCUGAGCGUGGCCUCGCUGGCUUCGGCCAUUCUGCGCAAUACGUACAAUGUGCACGCCGUCUCUACGUUGGUGGCGGGUGAGCACGGAAUUACCGACGACGUCUACCUCUCGCUUCCGUGCGUGCUUGGCCGCAACGGUGUCAGUCACGUGGUGAAACAGAUUUUGACUCCGGAGGAAACCAAGAAGCUGCAAGCAUCCGCCACCCUGAUGGCCCAGGUUCAGGCGGGAAUCAAAUUCUAA